UACUGCGCCUCGACCAAAAUUUGGCACGCGCUAGCGUUGAUGGUAGCGACCUUGCUACCAACGUUAGCCUGUGUGGCAAUUGUGAAUUCACUUCCGCUCGAACCACCGGAUCUUGGCUUAGCCCACAGUGCAACAUUGUGGAUUCGGGGGUUGCCGGUGGUGUUCAUCCAGUCUUACGCGCUUUCGUGGCAGUUUUCCGACUAUGUGCCAGAGCUCAAAAUCUCCAGCCGUGCCCUCGUGCUAACAGCGACAGCAGCAACUGUAGUUACCCACGUCCUUGCGCUCGGUCUCUUUGCUUUGCUGUGGUACCCGCUGCCGUUCACAAUGAUCUUGUUAGCUGGCCCAUGGAUUGGUACGCUGGCUUUGGCGCUGAAACUUUCAAGGAGAGAUUUCUUGCGCGAACACCCCGAAGUUCUGCAAGAUUUU